AUGUGGGUGCCUGUGGUGUUCGAGUUUCUCGCUGUGGGUGUCCUCACAUGGCUGACGCUGCGGCGGUUCGGGUCGUGGAAGGCGACGCCUGCACUGGCGUACGCAACAACGUAUGUGGGAUGGAUGAUCUCGUUCUCGAUUGUGGUGCUGCUGACUAUUGACGUCUCUUCAACUGUGUACGAGGCGUGCCGAGCAGGGCAUUUGUCGAGCGGCGUGCCGCCGUCAUCAGGAGAAGCGGACCAAAGCGGGCGCGGCACGUGCGGGGCCGAGCCGUGGACCUACCUCCCGCAUCCGACACGGUAUGUGCUGUGGAACGUGUUCUAUUGGACGACCUUUGCGCUGACAUGGUUGGUCGUCCCGCUGCAGCAGUCAUAUGUGGAGGCCGGCGACUUUUCGUUCUGGGGCAAGUGCAAGACCUCGAUCCGCGAGAACGCACUGUUCUACGGCGCCAUGGGCGUCCUCCUCGGCAUCUUUCUCGUCUACAUCAUGGCGACCAAGCACCUGUACGGCUCGGAUCUGGUUGGAUUUGCUAUUGCGGCGUCCAACGCGUGGGGCCUCUUCCUCCUCGUCGCGCUCCUCGGGUACGGCCUCGUCGAGGUCCCGCGCGCGCUCUGGCACGCGCCCGACUACGAGCGCGGCAUUCGGCUUGCCGAGUUCCGGGCCGACAACUUGCUUGUCCACAUCGAGGAUGCUAAGACCGAGCUGGUCACUUGCAUCGCCACUGUCAAGAACAUGGAGGAGCCUGUGGCGCGGCACUUUGAGUCGCUGCACCGGUACUUUGACGUCCUGCUCGCGGCGACGCCGCUCGAGUACGAGGCACGGAUGCAGCUCCACCUGAGUGACGACGAAACCGCAGUUGACAUUGACGCCGUCUCUCGAUCGUACAUUGCUGCGCUGCACGGGCGGAUGAAGCGGGCGGUGCGCGAGGUUGAAACGGCCGAGGCCCAGUUUGACGCGCUCAUGGACUCGGCGUUCUUUCUGCAAGACGUGGUCAAGGCGCGGGGCGCGCCGCAGCGCACGGUUGUCUCGCUCCUCCGUCCGCCGCGGCGCUCACGGCUUGGCCCGCUGCUGGACAAGCUCGAGUGGUGGUGGUAUGUCCGGCUCGCGCCGUACGCGCUCCGCAUUGCGGCAGUGGCGCUGGCAGCACUCUCGGCGCUUGUGGUCUGGUCCGAGUGCGUGCUCUUUCUCGUCAAUUCGAAGCACAAGGAUCGAGUGCUCUCAGUCUUUGCGCUUGCCAUUCACUCGGGCAACAUUACUGACGCCGGCCUGCAGAUCUGUGUCUUCUUUCCGGUCCUCUACCUCUGUGUCUGCGCGUACUCGACACUAUUCAAGGUCCAGCUAUUCUCGUACUACAAGCUGGUGCCCGGCGGCUUGUCCUCGGCCAACUCGCUCCUGUUCUCGGCGGCGUACCUCUCGCGGCUGGCUGCGCCCAUCUGCUACAACUACCUGCUCCUGCUGCAUGAGUUUGAAGGCGUCGACACCGCGUUUGCCAACAUCAUGGGCGACAUGACCGCUGUGCCGUUCCUUGGCGAGCAGUUCAACACCAUUUUCCCGCUCUUCAUCCUCAUCCUGUGCCUGUGCACCCUGUUCAACGUCUACUCGCGCAUCCUUGCCUGGCUCCACAUCCGCUCGUUUAUGUUUGAGGACUCAUUUGAUGACUCGGACGCGCCUGUCGGUCUCGGCCGCUCCAUCGUCGCCCGCGAGCGCGCCCGUCGCGAGCGCGCCAUCAAGUCUGGCAUCUCGGGCCGUCGUCGUUCCGCCCUGACAGACUCGUCGGCACGUCGCCCGCUCGCCGACACAACCGCCGAGGCGCGACCGCUCGAGCCCAUCAACCUCGAUCUCAACGGUCUCCGCAUCGACGAUGAGCCACCCACAGAUGCCACCGGCGCCGGCGCCGGCUACUCGUCACUCCGUUCGCUCCUUGCUGGGCCGACGCGGACGCGCUACCGUGACGACGACGACAAAGUUCACAGCAGCGCACCUGGCGUGGCUGUUGCCGAGCCCGGUGAGCGUGGCCGGGCCGGCGACGGCGACGAUGAGUCGCCUGUCUACCGCUUCAGCGGGCGCAACCUGUUUGACGAUCUGUGA